CCUCGCAAACUCAGAUCUGCAUAGAGUAAUAGAGAAGAGGCAGAUAGAAAGAAAGAAAGAGAGAAAGAAAACGAGUGUUGAGUUUAAAAAAAAAUGACUAACUUCCCAGUGAUCAACUUCGAGAAGCUGAAUGGUGAGGAGAGAAAAGACACCAUGGAGAAAAUAAAAGAUGCUUGUGAAAACUGGGGAUUCUUUGAGUUGGUGAACCAUGGCAUACCCCAUGAGGUUUUGGACACUGUGGAGAGGUUGACUAAAGAGCACUACAGGAAAUGUAUGGAAGAAAGGUUCAAGGAAUCAAUGGCAAGCAAAGGUCUAGAGGCUGUUCAAACUGAGGUCAAGGAUAUGGACUGGGAGAGCACCUUCCACUUGCGUCACCUCCCAGAAUCAAACAUCUCAGAGGUCCCUGAUCUCAUCGAUGAAUACAGGAAGGUGAUGAAGGAUUUUGCUUUGAGGUUAGAAAAACUAGCAGAGCAGCUUCUGGACUUGCUGUGUGAGAAUCUUGGUCUAGAAAAAGGGUACCUGAAGAAGGCCUUCUAUGGAUCAAGAGGACCAACUUUUGGCACCAAGGUUGCAAACUACCCUCCAUGCCCCAACCCAGAGCUGGUGAAGGGUCUUCGUCCCCACACCGAUGCCGGUGGGAUCAUCCUUCUCUUCCAGGAUGACAAGGUCAGUGGCCUACAGCUGCUCAAAGAUGACCAGUGGGUUGACGUACCCCCCAUGCGCCACUCCAUCGUCGUUAACAUCGGUGAUCAGCUUGAGGUGAUCACCAAUGGAAAGUACAAGAGUGUGGAGCACCGUGUGAUAGCACAAACUGAUGGGACCAGAAUGUCCAUAGCCUCAUUCUACAACCCUGGCAGUGAUGCUGUCAUCUACCCUGCUCCAGAAUUGUUGGAGAAAGAAGCAGAGGAUAAAAUCCAGCUCUACCCAAAAUUUGUGUUCGAGGACUACAUGAAGCUCUAUGCUAAGCUCAAAUUCCAGGCCAAGGAACCAAGAUUUGAAGCCUUUAAAGCAUCAAAUUUUGGUCCAAUUGCAACUGCUUAAAUAUUUUUACUGCUGCCACCAGAUGUGUGCUUUGGAAGAACCGAGAAAAGUAGCUUUGUGCACUUGUUUGCCAGAAGAAUAUUACAAUAGCCGUAAUAAUAUGUCAUCGUAGUGCAUGUUUGGAUUUGAGUUAGAACAACGUUAAAGUACUAAUGUAAUACAGUGUUCCUUUAUUGUUGUGUAUUGUAAUUGGUACUUGUGUGUUGGAAUACAAACAUAACUUUUGUUACUAUGGUUGAAGUGAUUGUUACA